AUGACGCCGCGUUGCCCUCCGCCUAACCCAGCUCCUCAGCGUUGCCUUCUAACCCAGCUCCUCUUCGGCUCUUCAUCUUUGCUGGCUUCUCGGCACGGACCCAGGUUUAUCUUAGACACUUUUGAGUUGCAUUGCGGAACACAUCCAUGCACAAAUACUGGAGGUAUUACAAGCAACCUGCUUGGAGGUUUAUCCAGCUGUUUUAGGAGAUGCAUAUUCAGCAUAUUAUCUAUGGAUCCUGUGCUACAUCAUAUUGCUUUUAUCAUGGAUGGAAAUCGAAGGUUUGCAAAGAAGAGUAACUUGGCUGAAGGGAUUGGUCAUAAAGCUGGAUUUUCAUCUCUCAUUUCCAUUCUUAGGUAUUAUUAUGAAUUAGGAGUGAAGUAUGUAACUGUCUAUGCAUUCAGCAUCGAUAACUUCAAAAGAAAGCCUAAAGAGGUGCAAUCCUUGAUGGAAUUGAUGCGAGAAAAGAUUGAGGAGUUGCUUCAAGAUGAAAGCAUUAUCAAUGAAUACGGUGUUAAACUACGUUUUAUUGGAAACUUGCAGUUAUUGGCUGAACCUGUAAGGAUUUCAAUGGAAAAGGCAAUGAAGGUCACUGCCCACAACAAACAGAGAGUAUUGUUAGUUUGUGUAGCCUUAACUACCUCAUUUUUUGGUGUCAUUCCUUUUAUACUAUUUAACUUGAGUUUGUAUAUUAAUAAGAUUAUAUGAAUUUGAUUGAUCACAUUUAAUGUAGUUUUUUAAAUUUGAAAACUAUUUUAAUAUUUAUAUUAUACUAUAAUUAUAUUUUAGGAUGUUUAUUUAUAAUUUAUUUAUUAUUUUAUUUUAAAACGGUUUUUCCGGUUGAACCAUCGGUUAGACCAGUUGGA